AAUUAAAAAUGCACUAAGCACCGCCAAUCCGGCGCACCCUGGUGAGCAUUUGAAACCCUAUAUAUUGUUGCGGCGAAGGCGGGAGGAUGAGAAGCAGAACUUUAGAGAAGUGUUGCUAGCUGUUUGAGCGGGUAAACAAAAACAACAGGACUACCGAGGCGUAACGUUAACGACAGAUAACUGCAGGAGUUAGGAAACAACAUUCUUAUAGUAUUUCCUGUUUAACGUUCCUCGGGUAAACUGUUAUUUUAGCGGCAGCUUUGAAGCGGAAUUGGGGAGUAAUGUGUCAAAGUUGCUAAGCUAGUUAAUAGACGUCCACCUCAUUAGCUUAAGCUAGCUUGCAAAUUCAGCAGUAUGACUGAAAGAAAAACUAAGGAAAAUGAUGCCACCCUCCCUUUAGCUGCACUCCAGCUCCUGGCCCCGCCUGUGCGCCUGGUGUCUGCAGCCAUGUGGAAGGUGAUGGAGCAGAGGGAUGUGAUGCACUAUGGGGUUGUGGAGGAAUUUGUGACCUCACUAUGUGAUACUGUCCCCGGGCUGCUCACUGUGAGACACCAGGGCAAGCUGGCACUGGGGCUGAGAGCACGGUUGAUCAUGGAGCUCUGCUCUACACAGCCGGAUAAAAAGGAGAUAAUGUCACAUCUGGAAAGGAUCCGUGCUCCUGCUGCUGUGUCAACCUCCUCUGCAACUACUAAAAAGAGGGAUUUAAAAAUCAUGAAUACAGUGGAAGGUUUCAAAUCAUUGGUUCACUUGCUGCUAACAGACACAACAAGGAGGACACAUUUCUUCAAGGAGGAGUUUCCUGUGGAUUAUGGUCCCAACUUUGACCAGGAGCUGGAGAAGCUGCUGUGGGAGUUUCUGAUCCGACUGGACCAGUUCCUCCCAGUUCCCAACCUUGCUCAGACUGUGUCGUGGCUCAGUGAGACCUCCUCCGUCCUGGAGGCGUGUGCGCGGGCGGCCAGCCAACCCCAGCUGCUGCAGACACUGCUCCAGCAUCAGACCUGUCUGGGCCACCUGGAGACUGCAGCAUCCCUCCCUCCAAACAUGGGAGACUCCAUCCUGACUUCCCUCUCCCUGCCCCCCUCUGGAAAAGUGCCUUCAGAUCCUCCAACAGGAGCCACUAACUCUUUUUACCAGUCUUCCAACACACAGACAAGAGACAAAACCCCAUUCAUUAAACCUGUUAUCGGACUCAUAUCUAAUGAAGAUGUCCCAUUUAUGAUCAGGACACAGAGAGGGGAAGAGCAAGCAAAGGACGCAACCAACGAGCACUGGAACGGAAUGAAACGCAAGCAACCUGACAUGACGGAAAGUGAUUCCGAUGAUGAGGAGGAGGAGGAGGAAGUAUUAGGCAUGACUAUAUCUGGGGAAAAGAGGAUCAGCAACAAGACAAGUGAGAGAGUAGAUGACAGGGCAGCUCUUAAGACCUGUAUGAUGCAGCUGGGCGUCAAAAAGCUGCCUGAAGACCCUUCCCUCUGCUCCCUUUUUGUCUCUUGUCUGAGGAGCCAACCCAAAGUUACUUUACACAAGCUGUCGGUGACUCUUGCGAGUCCCAACAGGACUAAAUCCUCACCUGUGAAGCAGCAGAACCAGAGGAGGACGUCCCCAGUUAAAACUCCAACACGCAAACUCAACCAAACUCAGAAGCCUGGCUCGAAGCGUCCCGGCCUGGGCGAUAAAGAGACACAGAGAGGGGAAGAGCAAGCAAAGGACGCAACCAACGAGCACUGGAACCCAAAAGAGAACUUCACUGCGAUUAAACCGAAACUCAAGGACGAUGGAACGAUCGAAGGUGAAGAACAAGUGGAAGAGGAGAGGAAGGAAAGCAACGGAAUGAAACGCAAGGAACCUGACAUGAUGGAAAGUGAUUCCGAUGAGGAGGAGGAGGAGGAGGAGGAGGAGGAAGUAUUAGGCAUGACUAUAUCUGGGAAAAAGAGGAUCAGCAACAAGACAAGUGAGAGAGUAGAUGACAGGGCAGCUCUUAAGACCUGUAUGAUGCAGCUGGGUGUCAAAAAGCUGCCUGAAGACCCUUCCCUCUGCUCCCAUUUUGAAUCUUGUCUGAGGAGCCAACCCAAAGUUACUUUACACAAGCUGUCGGUGACUCCUGCGAGCCCCAACAGGACUAAAUCCUCGCCUGUGAAGCAGCAGAACCAGAGGAGGACGUCCCCGGUUAAAACUCCAACACGCAAACUCAACCAAACUCAGAAGCCUGGCUCGAAGCGUCCCGGCCUGGGCGAUAAAGAGGACGCUCCGAUGAGGCCGAUCGCCGAUCAACGGAGUCAGAAUCGGCCGAUCGUCGAUCCGAUCAUAGGGAAUCACCCUGUAUUGCCCGGUGUAAUCGGCUCUCCUUCUCAACAACGCAGUAACUCAGGUACAUCCGCCCGUCCUGGAGACACUGAAGACUAUGUCGCGGAUUCUGAAGACGAAGCAACGAAGAAUUUCAAAGUCAGGCUGUUCACAAAGCGCUACUACAAGACCAAACACGGCACAUAUGUCCCCACUCUGAGGGAGUACUGGAAGCCCGGGAUGACACAGCGGGACUUGUCUUCUGUUGUCGGCAAAAACAGACGAUGAAAUGGAAUAUCGAGGCCAAGUUUGGUGGUCAUGUGGUUUUUUGCCUACAGCCACAUCGACCGAAAAGCCAAAAAUAAAUCUAUAUGCACCAGCCACUGAAGCUGACGACAUUUAUUUAAGACAUCUGUUUCUCUUGGCUCACGACGUCACCCUAGCUGAGUCAGAUUUUAAUUUGAAUCAGUGGUUUGUCAUCAUGGAAUACAAGCCUUGAUGAUUUAUUAUGGGCACUUUUGUAACGUUUUUGAAAUUGUUACCGUACAGUUUUGUUUGUAUCUGGAUCAUCUCCAUUACAUUUAUUCAUUUUUUUAAUAUUUAAAAUAUAUGUUCUUGGUUAAUAACUGCUGACACAUAAUGGGAACAAAUCAAAGGAAUGCAAUUUGAGAUGUGUGGAAGUAAUAAAGAAACAGUUUGAAAAA